CUAAAUUCCACCUUUCCUUUUUUAAAUCCCCUUUUGGACAGUCAAAACCCAACCCUACCCUAAAACCCCCAACACCCCCCUUUGCAGAAAGUUCUGCUUUUGGGUUACUUCUUGCAAUUGUAGAGAUUUUUUUGUGGCUAUUUUUGUAAAAAUGGAAGUGAGUAGUUUGAGAUGUGAUGUAGCUGCAAUGGUGGUUGAUUCAGUUCUUGAAACUGUAGUUGUUGAGACCCUUUUGGCUGUUCAAAGAUCUGUUGCUUCUUUGCUCAUUGUGGCAGGAAUGAUGCUCAAGGAUGCUGAUGCAUUGCCAGAGUUGAUAGGCACUGAUAAAAGGUUUCCAUUCGAAGAGCUCCAUAAAAUGGACAAAGCUGGGCCUGAGAACAAAGACGGUAGCGACACAGAGGACGAUGAUGAAGACGAUGACGGAGAUGCUGAUGAUCAGGAUGAUGAUGAUGCUGACGAUGAAGACUUUUCGGGUGAAGAAGGGGGAGAUGAUGAUGAUGAUGAAGCCGAUCCCGAGGAGAAUCCAGCUGCCAAUGGAAAUGAAGGAAGUGAUGAUGAGGAUGAUGAGGAUGAUGAAGACGAUGAGGACGGAGAUGAUGAUGAGGAAGAGGAAGAUGACGAAGAAGAGGAGGAAGAGGAGGAUCAACCACCUGCCAAGAAGAGAAAAUAAACCAUUUCCUUGUAUGUGUUUAUUCUGCUUUUCUGCCAUGCUUGUUGGAGUAUGUAGUAGUAGUAGUAGGAAGAGGGAGUUUUAGCUUUUCUGCAGGAAUUAACUAUCCUUUUGCAGAACAAAUGAACUACUUUUGUGGUGCUAUUUGACUGUUAGUUGUGAUAUAUAUCAAUUUUAUCCAAUGAA